CAGGUUGCUGUGGCUGUGUAUACUAAUUAUUACUAUUAUCAUAACACGCUCGUGAACAGUGUCUGCACGCGCAGUACAGCGGCAGCAACGGCGGCGGUAGUGCGUGCGUAUCUCACUUGCGGCGUUCAGUGAUAUUGUGAUAAUACAUCGCGGUAUGUUAUAUUAUUAUCAUCACACAUUCGUACUUUAACUAUAUUGUUAUUUAAUUAUUACGUUAAUAAAACAGUUCAUUCACGUACAAAUCGAUCGAUCUUACAUCGGUCUAAUUGUAUUAAAAAAAAAAAUUCUUAUCGACAGUCUUGGUCCAGGCCGCCGGAAAGCGCCGGAGAGAAAAAGUAGUAAUAAUUUCUCUGCAGUCCACGUCUCUCGAUAUCAUUUGACUUUUAAAAUAAUAAAAAUACCAAAAUCAGUUUCCGCGUACACUCGCAUCGGCAUCGAUAAAUGUCAUCGGCACCGUCCGGGCCCGCACCACUCGCACCGUCAACGCAAUGAUUGCUUCGGAGACCCGUAACCAUUGCGCCGCCGUAGUCAUGGAUUUGAGCACUCGGGCCAGUUCCGGCGGCGGAGGCGACUCCAACGACGGCGGCAACCACGGUCGCCGGCGCAGCGGUGGCGGCAGACCAGCCAAGUCGGUGUUUUCCAUCCGGAGUCUGGUCGGCGAGGAUACCGUUCGCAGCCGUUGCGACCGGAACAUGGACGGCAGCGGUGACGACGACGACCUAGACGAUCGCGCAGCAGCGGCGGCGGCAGUAUCAGCAGCGGCAGUGUCGGCUGCGGCCGCGGUGGUAUCGGCGUCGGGAGUUUCGGCAGUGGCCGCCGUGGCGUCGGUGGACGAAAUAAGCCACGGACUGCAGAAAGACGACCAGCCGCAGUCAGCUGAGUGUGCACUUACGCACGCAGCAGUGCCGUUCGACGACCGGCAACGCACCGCCGCGGCCACCGCGGUGGCCAUGGCCGCUACCAUGAUGCGAGAGAGGUCCGCUGUCGUGGCGGCGGCUAUGGUGGCUCAACAGCAGCAACAACAACAGCAACAACACAAGCAGCUCCAACACCAGCAGCAGCAGCAGCAACAACAACAGCAGCAGCAACAGCAACAACACCACCAAAUGCAACAGCAGCAACAGUUGCAACAACAACAGCAACAGCAACACUGCAGAUCGUUAAUGGCUUCGGUGGCCAGUAGCGGUGGCCGCGGUCCCGGAACCGGCUCGAUCGGUUACGAUUAUUAUUCGUCGCCGCCACCCGGCUACUACGGCGGCGCCGUGGACGACGAUAACGGUGCGGACGACGACGCGGAAAACGGCGGUUGCGACGACCACGCCGACGGUGACGGCAGGGACGGGAUCGUGGACAUGAGCGGCGCCGGUGGUGGCCACGACGCUUCGGCGGACAACGAGGACGACUGCUACGGUGGCCCGCCGUCCGCGGGCGGUACCAACAAGAGGAAACAGCGUCGGUACAGGACCACGUUCACCAGCUACCAGCUGGACGAGCUGGAGAAGGCGUUCGGCCGUACCCACUACCCGGACGUGUUCACCAGGGAGGAACUGGCGUCGAAAAUUGGACUGACUGAAGCGAGAAUACAGGUAUGGUUCCAAAACCGACGAGCAAAAUGGCGCAAGCAGGAAAAAGUCGGUCCGCAGGCUCACCCUUACAGUGGUGGCGGUGGAAAUCCGUACUUAGGCGUGCCGAGUUCCAUGUCGGCCGGUCGCCACAGUCCGUCUGGGGCCGCGUUGAGCCCACUUCCGGCCAACCCACCAUUCAUGAUGACGGGUGGCAUGGGGUUAGGUGGUAGUGGCCCGUUGGGUAUGGGCAACAUUGGUCUGGGCAGCCACCAUCUACUGCACCCCGGACACCACCACCAUCACCACCAUCACCAGCAGCAGUUACAAGCCGCGGCUGCUAUGGCCGCUGCAUUGCGCGGCCACCACCACCAGCACCAUCAUCCGGGCAACGGUGGCACGGGCAGAUCACCGCCACUACCGCCGACGUCGCAAGCCUUGUCAACCGUCGCCGCGGCCGCCAUGGAACUGCAACUCCAGCAACAGCAACAGCACCAACGCAGCAACGGGGCCGCCGCAGCCGCAGCUGCAGCUGCAGUCGCAGCGGCGGCAGCUAACUUCCGUGGUUAUCCGUCUCAGUUGCAGCAGCAAAGAUCACCACCCGGAAACGAUAGCGCCUCGACCACUCCGCCUGCUCCAAACAGCAACUCGCCGCCACCCACGAUUCCGCUCCAGCCGACACUAUACCAUCCGGCACCAGUGACCGCACCACCGGCUGUGCCGUCUCCGCACCAUCUCCACCAUCACCAUCCCUACGCCGCCGCUUAUCACCAACACCUCCGCGGGGGAAUCGGUGGUCAGGGAUACCAACAUCACCAUCAACAGCAACAACAGCAGCAGCAGCAACACUUCAACAGCCUUCUGGCCAACAUGGCCAUGGCUGCGGCCGCUAUGCGACCCUCCACCGUCGUCGGCGGUGCUCGAUCACCACCGCUUUCGCAGACGACGCCGCCGGCCAUACUGCACCCACCACCUCCUCCGCCGCCGCUGACGACGGGUCCGCUCGCCGUACCAGUGCCACCUCGGUCCGAUUCGUCGACCACCUCACCGCCGGCCGCAGUGAUUCGAGGGGGCGGUGGCAGUCGGAGCUGCAGCGAUAGGAGCAGCCCAGCCGGUUCGGACGGUGACGCGUGUCCGGCGGACCCAGUGGCCGCAGCCGCCACUGCAGCAGCUGCCGCCGAACUGAACCGCCGGUCGUCAAGCAUCGCGGCGCUCCGCAUGAAAGCUCGCCGUCACCGGGAUGAGAUCCGCUUGCGUGGCAGUAGCAACGCCGGCGACGAUGUCGCCAAUGCAAACGGUGGCCGCUGUUCUUCCUCGUCGUCGCUGUCGUCGUCCACCUCGUCGUAAUCACCUCGAACAUGACUGUCGUCGUCGUUGCAGGCGCCAAGUUUCCACUUUACCAUAUCGUGAAGGGUUCUGCGGUUGAAUACAACGUAGGUAACGCGUUAUCGUGUCGGUAACACGUUACCAAUACACCUUAUAUAUUCAACCCUAUACCAGGUAUGGUAUAAUGGAAACUAGGGUUAAGUGUCGACGACGUUAAGGUGCGGUUAGGUUAGGCGAUUACUUUUGUAUUAGGCGUAUAUGGUUUGUACCGCGGACAUCGUAUUAAUACUGUCUUAAAAUACUUAAAUGUUUUAUGUUACAAAUAUUCAGUGUUAGUACACGUCUAUAAUUUUUAGUGACUAUAUAGAUACUGUAACUACCUCCGCCUAUGUAUUUUCAUAUUUUUAUUACGCACAAUAUAAUUUUCACCGUCCUGAAACAGCCGCCGGCGGUGAGCAUGGCCAAUGCAAUAAUGAUAUAGGCAGGCACAUGGUACGAUACGUCGAUGAUAUUAUUAUCGCAGUGUGUUAUACGAAUCGCUUCCGUAAAAUAAUUAAAUUUAAUAACGAUUAGGUCGGUUUUUUUUAUUUCUUUCGUUCCGAAUUACUACUACACUGCCUACGAUGAAUCGGAAGGCGGUGACGGCGGAGAAAUCGCCCCCGUUCGCUGCGCCUCCCGCCACAGCAUAGGUUAGGUCUUAACGCGCGCCCCACCCGACGACGCGAGGCGCAAUUUGUGCUGGCCCCGAUGGAUUGUACCCGCCGCCACUGCAGUAGUCAUCGGAUAGAUCGGUCUAAUAAAAUAUAAUACACGAGAACGACGACGUCCGAUCGAUAUACCUACAUGCCUACGCACAGGUACAAUGAUAAUAAUAAUAAUAAUAAUAAUAACAUUUUCCCGAAACAUAAUGUAAUAUAAUGACGACGAGAUGGGUAAUUGGUAUUUUAACGAACCGAACGUGACGUUGCUCAAAAGCGAGCGCGACGCGCGGCGGCGCAAAACGAAUCGAAAACGAAAUCAAAUUAAAAACCAUAAACGAAUCCCAUCUGCCCAAGACACCGCCCACACGAAUCCGCUGGGUGAGCUGCUGUUGAGACGUCGUCGACUUCAGCGAGAGUAUAUUAUUAUCUGUACGCACAUAGAAAAUCUGUGUAUCAUAUUAUUAUGGCUUUGCCAUUACAAUCUCGUGAUGGAAAUUCUCAAAAAAUAAUGCACGCAGAGAAAGAAAAUUUCGGGUGAGCCGAUACAGUGUUAAUCGUUAUGUACGUGCACAGGUCGUGCGUAUCGUAUCAUAAUAUUAAUAUUAUGGGCAUACUGUAAAUGUGUGCGUAACUAAUUAAAAGAAACAUUUGCUAUCAAUAAAUGUACAUAUAUGUGUGGAUAUAUUAUAAUAUAGACAACGAUGACAUUUUUAAAAUCACUUUCCAAACUAUAUAGCACACGGUGUGAAAACAGAACGGCGUAAUCUUGGCCGACUUUAUUAUUACCAGUACUCAUGUCCUUAGUGUGUUAUCGAUUUAUCGUAAAGAUAUACUUACCUAUGCACGACUUCGACAGACCUAACGGCGUACUUGUGGUCGGUGCAGCCCUCCCCCCCCCCCAAAAAAAAAAUCAUAUAUAAGCCAGAAGCCUAUUGACUCGUAAACCAGCUCUGCCUAUAGUUGUCUAAAAUUACGCGUCGUGACUCGUGAGCUUAGAUAUAGGGAGCUACUGAGUGACCGCACUCAAUUAUAUUCUAUACAAUUAUUUAAUAUUAUUGAAUAUAAUUGAGUUAUAGAUUGAAACAGUCACCAGCGCCAUCUAUAACGUAUCUGAUCUAAAUCCACAGGACCGGUCCAUUUGAGUAUAAUAUAAUAUAAGGUAUGUAUGGUUUAGCGCAGUUUUCUGUAAGCACUUGGUAAAAUUCGACCGUUGUGCUUAAGAAUUGUAUUAUUCCCGAAAUUAUUAUUAUAGUAAGCAGUGGUGUCUCGCAUUAGGUUAGCCCGCGCUAAUCGAAACUUCUUGUAAUUAUACAGUAAACCGACGACGACGAUAUUAUCGUGUUUAUACGUAUGGGGCCUGUAACUAGUAGGUAGUAUAGUAGUUUAGCGGUAUAUGUAUUAUAGUUGUAGACUUGCGUAGUGUAUGGUAGAAAUAAUCAUAAUGUAAUUAUCUUAGUAUCGUAUUUUCGCGAUUAAUAUGUAUAUAUACCUAAUAUAAUUAUACAUUUUACUGUAGCCCGUAUAUGGUCUGUUUGUGCAACGCGGAAUUAAAUUAAAAAUUGUAAAAAUGAAGUAGUGGCUGCAGCUAUAUUAUAUGUUUUCACGGAUACGGCGGCCGUGGUACGUAAUAAUAGUACUGCCGGAUAAUAUAAUAUAUUAUACACUAUUACAGCCAUUAUUGGGACGAUGUAGAAGCGGUAUGCUGCACGUGCACAUCGG